AAGUAGCUUUGGAUAAGCCUGCAUACGAAGGAGAUCGCUCUGUGUGACAUAAUUACAUGCCUUCUUCCCACUUGAGAAAGCAUAGUCAGUCGAAAUACCCUUAAAUCCUUGGUUUGCCUCGAAGUUGUGGGGGCUGAAGGUAUGCAGCUUACUGAGUCCAACAUAGAUCUAUACCCGGCUUAAUCUAUGGGACUUUGUAUAGUUCUUGCGAUCUUCACAACAACGUUUAUACCUAACGCUUAACCCCGCCUCAACUAUGAUGGAAAGACUUAAUGACCCGUGGAGCCUCAUAUCCACACCUAAAAUGUCUUCCGACAAGAGCAGAAAAGAAGAAGAGAGGGGUUUCCCAUACAGUUCUGCUAAUACACCGUCCGACGAAGAGGAUGGCUCUGCAGCAAGCAGCAGCAGCAACAACAACAACAACAACAACAACAACAACAACAACAACGAGAGCCAGGUCUCUACAACCACUACUUACAGUGAGAUUGGCAACAGCAUAGACCCAAACAUGCCAACAACAGUGACAAUGUCAACCACAACAGAAUCACUCUCACUUUCUACUCACGCAACCGCAACCACCACCAGCGGAGUAGUAGAAGGAGGAGGUAGCGGGCUCAGCAACACCACCAAGAUUGCAAUCGCAGUCCCUGUCGCCGUAGUCGGGGCAGCCAUCAUCGUGGCGCUGCUCUUUUUCUUCAUUCGCAGACGCCGACGACAACGCCAGCUCCAAUCCCAGCCUGGAAUUCCAACGCCGCCUCCCAACAUGGCCGUGGCGACCUCUGAUCUCCCCCCGCCAUAUUCCCAAGCACAGAAGAACCACCCGACAACCCAGAAUCUGUCUCGUCCCUUCGACCCCAUUCCCCCAAUCCCCACACCAACCAUCAUCCCCCGUCGUCCCGUGCCGCGGAGAGAUUCCACCGACCAGCAAGAUCCAUCGACGCUAUCGCCUGCACAUGCUGCUCCGGCUCCGGCUGCGGCUCCGGCUCUGGCUCCUGCAGUGGUGGUUCGAGAUCAUCGUGACACCCUGGAAUGGAGAACCUCAGAGGAGCUCGGGAGCCGUCCGCGCUCGCCAUUCGAGCAUCCGCUGGACGAUGCGGCGUCUAUUGUUUCGUGUCUAAGUGAUCGUGAGGAUCCGAUACAUGUUCGCGGCCUAGAAGAUGAUUUGUCGUCUGUUUCGUCGUUUGAAGAUGAUGAUGAUAGGAGACAGCCUGGGCUUCUUCGCUAAAUGUCCUGCGAAUUAUAUUUCCAUGUAUAUACCCUUGAAUGGAUCAAUAAUGAUAUGUUUACUGCUACUGUAUAUACUAGUGUUUUCAAGGAUACUCUAGUUUACCCUACAGAAUGAAAAAAAAAAAAAUUUU